CUGUGAUGGCGUUAUAUCGAAGUAAUAUACUUACUUAUCCAAAGAGAAAAGGUGGUUGGGUAAAUACACUAUGACAGAUCGAUGACAGAAAAUUCAAAGUACCUUCUAUGAGCUCAUUUCUUUCAGUUCAGAUUUACCAUGAACAAAUUCAAAUCAGCGCAACAAUAUCCACUGACAAAGAUAGCAGGAAAUACCGCAUCUCAUUAUGAUAAAAGUUUAGUUUAUCACAAAUAUGAUUUGGGAUCCUCUGAAAAAAUCAGUUACUGGUUGCAAGUAUUUGAUAUCAGUGCAAAGGAGUGGUUCAAUUCAAACUCAAUUGUUAGCCAUAAAUAAUCUACUCAUUGUUGGCAAAACCUCAUUUUUACCCAAGAUGAGUGAAAAUGAACGCAACAUAUACGAAAUGGAUCUCGGUUCAAAAAAAAUGUCAUCCGAUUAUUGGAAAAUGCCAACGGAAUAUCGAUCAUUUUACCACAUGAGAAUAGUCGGCCACAUAGAUUUGGUAUUUUGCGUCAUUACUCUGAUAUCAAACGCUUUCAUAAUCGCCAUAUUCAAAAUGAAAAGUAACAUCACACCGGGGAACACGAUAUUUACUCACAUGGCCAUCAUGGAAUCCCUCACCACGAUUAUUUCCUUGGUUCGCGUAUGGCACGAAUACUUCCGAGUGACGGAAUGUGCAAUAGCUCUGCACAGGACAUACAUUUGGGAAAUGGUUUCAUUGUACACUUACAAAAUUGCGUUCAUGUUUCGGCACAUAGCAGUUUGGUUGGCUGUAAUGAUGACUGUAUGGAGAUACAUUGCAGUAGUGCAUCCGCUCAGGGAACGUGACUGGUGCAAUAUGCAAAUCACACGUAAACUUAUAAUAGCCGGGUACAUAUUUGGCCUGGUGCUCUCAGUCCCACCGUUUUUCGCUUGGGGUUUUGGACCAGCUGAAAAAUUACUCGAUGAAAAAGGAUGCAUAAUGAGGAAUUACGUCAAUGGCACAAACACAACGACAAUCUACGAGUUUAAAAUUCCAGUCGAAGAUAACCCAGUUAUCGUUAUCACAUCAACUGCAUUUUACAGCGGAAUUAAAAUACUGCCAUCGAUUGCGUUCGCUGUAAUGAGUUACAAGGUGAUCCUGGCUCUAACUGAGGCGAAAAAACGUCGAAAAAACUUACUCGUAAGCCGAAAUGGCACAAUCAACUCGAACGAAGAUCAACAUACUACUAGAACUACAAAAAUUCUGAUGAUAAUUUUGGGUUUGUUUGUGACAGCGGAAGUUCCUCACGGAGUGCAUCUUGUGUUAUUCGCAUUGUACGGCCCGAAAUUUUUUUGGGAUUAUUAUUACUAUGCGCAGGAAGUAAUGAACCUAUUUAUUCAGAUUUCUGAGUCUUUCAAUUUUGUGAUUUAUUACGCAAUGAGUCAACAAUUUAGGAAAAACUUCAGGCAACUGUUCGAUAAAAAUAAUAGUCAGCUGGUUAGUACUCACACAGCAUCAAUUUCAAAAAACAUAUCUUCUUCGUCGAGUGCUCAUAACCUGUUAUCGAGUACCGUAGCAAUUGGACAACGAUUGAAGAUGAAUCAUUCUGAAGGCGCAUGAGAAUUGAAUGCUUCAAUCGAUAAAGUAUUAUAACCUAUAGCUACGACAUGAAAUUUUACAAGGGGGCUAUCCCAACAAUAUAAUCGGGGAGCCCGCUUAAGGAUCUAUUGCACCCCCCCCCCCCGGUCGAUCUUCCGGGACAACUUUUUUCCUAUAGGGGGAGUCCUAAGGAACAUUUCUAGCCCUUGUACUCUAAAAAAAAUGGCCCCACUUACAAAAUGGUGACCAUUUUGAUUGACAGGUCAGCCAAAAUCCCAGAUUUUACGUUCCAACAUCGGACUUGCACAAAAUUUUUCAAACUGUAUGGGUAGAUCAAAAGAUCAAGCAAAAUUUAUCAUCAAGUGCUAAAG